AUGGAGAAGAAUGCUGGGCUCCCGGCUGGUCUUUGGGUUUGGCAUUCUGAAAUUUUCUUUGGGGCUGUUGGUAUUUCUGUUGCAUGGGCGGGUUGUGGCGGCGAUGCAUGCCAUAUGGCUCGGGUGAAGUUGUUGGAGGAUGGGUUUGUAGAGGAUUGGCUGUAG